GAGGAGGAGAAGGCAGCGGACUGAGGAGGUAGCAGAGCUUCCCUGGAACAAUGUUGCCAGUCCCCAUCCAUAUCCCCACUGACUCCACAUAUGCCGAUCCUGGAUCCAAUUGCACAACUCCAAAGACAGCCAGCACUGUUCUGGAUAAAGAGGAGACAGAAGGCAGUGUAUUGGACUAUACUGAACGAUCCCAGGACACACACAGAAAUGACACUCGUCUACCAAAGCGACAGUCAUUCCCCAAUGAUAAAUUAACAAAAGCUGAAAUGAGGGUGGAGCAGUUCAUCAGAGACAAUGAGUUCCCUACAGCUCACAAGGAGUUAAUUAGAUGUGUGGCACUGUGCAGAAUUAUCCAUGGGGACUUCCACUGGAGACUUGCUGAGGCUUUUGCCAACCUUGCAUAUGGCUACCUUACUUAUAAAGGUCUCCCGGCUCAGGCCAAACAACAUGCCGAAUCAGCUAAAAGCAUCCUACUUAGAGGAGUUGACAUGACAAAAUCUUCCAAGGAAAAGAGAGGAAUCUUGGGGACUCUAGUGACUAUUUACUAUACAUUGGGCAUGGCGCACCUGAUGGAGAACAAUGGCAGAGAGGCGCACAUCAGUUUACAGAAGGUGGAGAAAAUUGUGGAGGAGCUAGAAGAGCUUCAGGAGAAGGAGUCUGUUACUGGGAAAAUAUCAGAGAAAGACAUUGCUUUGGCAUUAGGAAGAGCUUGCUUGAUCCAGAACAAAUCUAGUUCUGCCAUGAAUUACUUUGAGCGAGCUGCGGAGCUUGUUGUUUCCAGUGAAGGGGACAGUUCUCCUGAGCUUGUCAGCAUUUACCGGGAUAUGGCCAAAGCUGAGCAGAAGAGGAAGAGACAUGACCAGGCCAUACAACACUUACUGCAGGCUCAUUCUAUCUGUCAGUCAGUGUAUAAACCUCUCAGUGUGGAUGCUGCACAGACUGGCCUGUUAUUAGCCAAAGCAUACGCAGCACCGGGGAGCUCCGACUACAGCGAAAUGGCCGAGAAGUAUUUUACGGAGAGCCUCGGUGUGUACCGUACGGUGCUGGGACCCGACGACCCGCAGACACUGACCGCUUGUGUGGAGUUUAGUAAAUGGCUGAUACAGAAUGGAAACACACAAGAGGCGUACAAGAUGUUACACCAGGCAGUAGGUUUAGGCGUAGAGUACAAUGAAACCGUAUCCGAGAUGCUGAGCAUUAUGGGAAGCAUAUGUCUGGCUGAUGGGAAAAUUUCCAAGGGUUACCGACUGCUGAAAAAGUGUUUAGAAAUCCAAGUGGCAGUAGACGGGUCCCAGCACAGUAAAAGUAGAGCAACUCAGAACCUGCUGAGCACAUUACAGAAGUCUGGAGCUGUGGGGGACUGA